UCAUCAUCGCCAUCCGUUGGAUCGCCAGCGGAGAGUGAAUAUAGAUGAAGAGGCUGAGGUGUAGAGGAUGACCGGUAAGGGGAUCAGUUGGUCCGACUCCCAGCCGCUGCUCCGCCACCAGCUCAUCUCUCCGACCUACAGCUCCGGCUCUCCCACCUCCCUCGUAUCCAUCGAGAUGUCCGCCAUGGCCACUGCCGCUCCUCACCGUUCUGUCUUCCUCGGCGUCGACGUCGGCACCGGCAGCGCUCGCGCAGGUCUCUUCGAUGAGAACGGGAAGCUCCUAGGUUCUUCUAGCAGUCCAAUACAGAUAUGGAAAGAGCGCGACUGCGUGGAGCAAUCAUCAACAGAUAUCUGGCAUGCAGUAUGUGCAGCUGUAAGGACUGCAUGUAAUCUGGCAAAUGUUGAGGGGAAAGAAGUCAGUGGUAUUGGGUUUGCAGCUACAUGUUCUCUUGUUGCUGUGGAUGCCGAUGGCUCUCCAGUCACAGUUUCCUGGAGUGGUGAUUCAAGAAGAAAUGUCAUAGUCUGGAUGGACCAUAGAGCUGUAAAGCAAGCCGAGAAGAUAAAUUCUAGCAACUCACCAGUGUUACAGUACUGUGGUGGAGCUGUUUCACCUGAGAUGGAGCCACCAAAGCUUUUGUGGGUGAAAGAGAAUUUGCAAGAAUCCUGGUCAAUGGUGUUCCGAUGGAUGGAUUUGAGCGAUUGGUUUCUUACAGCAACAGGAGAUGAUACACGGAGCCUUUGCACCACGGUCUGUAAGUGGACUUACCUUGGUCAUGCACAUAUGCAACGAGUCCAUGAGAAAGAGUCAAGAGAUAUGGAAGCCUGUGGUUGGGAUGAUGAAUUCUGGGAAGAAAUUGGCUUGGUUGAUCUUGUAGAUGGACAUCAUGCUAAAAUCGGAAGAAGUGUUGCUUUUCCUGGACAUCCUUUGGGAUCUGGUUUAACUCCAACUGCUGCAAAGGAACUAGGCCUGGUGGCAGGGACUCCUGUAGGAACUUCAUUGAUUGAUGCUCAUGCCGGAGGUAUUGGGGUUAUAGAAAGUGUUCCAAAGUCAGAUACCGAGGCUAAAGAGCAUGACAAGGACGCUAUUUGCCGCCGAAUGGUGCUAGUCUGCGGUACUUCUACUUGCCAUAUGGCUGUAUCCCAGAGCAAGCUGUUCAUUCCUGGCGUUUGGGGACCUUUUUGGUCAGCGAUGGUCCCAGAAUACUGGCUCACAGAGGGUGGGCAGAGUGCUACCGGUGCACUACUAGACUAUGUAAUCGAAAAUCAUGUUGCUUCUUCUAUCCUUGCAAAUCGUGCUGCUUCACAGAAAAUUUCAUUGUUUGAACUACUGAACAAGAUGUUAGAAGCAAUGGUUCAAGACCACAAUUCCCCAUUUCUCGCUGCUUUGACUCAAGAUAUACAUGUCCUACCCGACUUUCAUGGAAACAGGUCUCCACUUGCUGAUCCAAAAGCAAAGGGAGUAAUUUUUGGGUUGUCUCUCGACUCCAGUGAGAAACAGUUAGCUCUUUUAUACCUCGCUACUGUUCAGGGUAUUGCUUAUGGUACACGCCACAUUGUGGAACAUUGCAAUGCCCACGGUCAUAAGAUUGACACGCUCCUUGCAUGUGGAGGACUUGCUAAGAAUUCAUUGUUUCUUCAACAGCAUGCAGAUAUCAUCGGUUGCCCCAUUAUUCUUCCAAGAGAAAGUGAAUCUGUCCUUUUAGGUGCUGCUAUUCUCGGGGCAGUUGCAGCGAAAAAGUAUCCUAGUUUGAAUGAGGCCAUGAAGGCACUGAGUGCACCAGGACAGGUUAUACAUCCAUCGAAAGACCCAAAGGUGAAGAAGUACCACGAUGCCAAGUACCGGAUCUUCCGGGAGCUCUACGAGCAGCAGCUUUCCCAGCGCUCAGCUAUGGCCAAAGCUUUGGCUUAGUACAAGCCCCAGUCCAUUUUGAUACUUGUACAUGCUGUCUACUCUCCAGCUCAUUUGACAGGAUUCUAGCGAAUGUACCUCAUUCUGUCUCGGACUCUCGGUUUUCCCCCUGUUAGAUCUUGUCGGAAUGCGUAAAAAGUGAAGUACAUUACAGAUACUCGCAUUGAUACUGCCAAUUUGUAAAUGACAUCAUUGGUAAGGAUGAGCUGAGAUAUAAGCUUGGGAAACACCAUCUGAACUGCAAGAAUGUGCAUCUCAAUGCGAAUUCUUGUACGAGAUUAUGUACCUGAAAAUCCAUUUCGGAGCGGAUUGUCGGAACUAGAAGUUCUAGAUGGUAGAAUUCCUUUUUAAUUUU